AAAGUAUUUAUGUGUCAGAUCAAAUUAAGAUUCAGUAAUAUAAACAUAUUUCACAAUAAAAGAAAUAACAAUUAAUUUAAAAUAGGAAGGAGUUUACUUUAUUUAAUUUUAUUUUAUACUACAUUACCAUUAAUUGACGUCAAUGGCAGAACCAGAAUAUCAACAAGUAGUUACCAAAGGAUUACUAGCUAGAAUAUCAGACACAUUUCCAUUUAAUUGGACUGGGACAUCAUUAAAUAUGUUGCGGGCAAUUGAGAAAAAGAUUUUGUCUUAUUUGAAAUCAACGCAUAGAGGCUUUUACGUAGACAUCGGACCUGCUGUUGGAGAUAAUGAUAAAAUAUGGACAAUUGGCAUUAAUAAUGAAUCACUCAAAACACCUUUAGUUAUGUUACAUGGUUUAGGUGCUGGUGUCGCAUUAUGGGUAUUAAAUUUAGAUUCACUUUCAACAAAUAGACCCGUGUAUGCAAUUGAUUUAUUAGGGUUUGGUCGUAGUUCUCGUCCUAAUUUUUCAAAUGAUGCAAUGAUAUGCGAAAAACAAUUUGUUAAAUCAAUUGAAGAAUGGCGUCGUGAAAUGAGUAUUGAUAAAAUGAUUUUGCUAGGGCAUUCUAUGGGAGGAUUUUUAGCAGCAAGUUACUCAAUAUCUUAUCCAGAUAAUGUAAAACAUUUGAUAUUAGCAGAUCCUUGGGGAUUUCCAGAAAAACCAGCAGAAACACCAGAAAAACUCAAAAGUGUGCCGUUAUGGGUGAAAACAAUUGCAUACGUUGUUCAACCUUUAAAUCCAUUAUGGGCAUUACGUGCUGCUGGUCCUUGGGGACAAUGGGUCGUAGAAAAAACACGUCCUGAUAUUACAAGAAAAUUUUCAAUACUUAUUGAUGAACCUGAUUUAAUACCACAAUAUAUUCAUCAAUGUAACGCUCAAUCACCAUCAGGAGAAAGUGCUUUUCAUUCAAUGAUGGAAAGUUUUGGAUGGGCGAAAAAUCCAAUGAUUAAACGAAUACAAAAUUUGCGAGAGGAUGUUCCCAUGACGGUAAUUUACGGUUCGAGAUCGUGGAUUGAUAGUUCAGCUGGAGAUAAAAUUAAAAUUCUUCGACCAAACAGUAUUGUAAAUAUGAGAAUAAUAAAUGGUGCAGGUCAUCAUGUUUAUGCUGACAAACCUUCAGUGUUUAAUCAAUAUGUUUUAGAAGCUUGUGGUGAUAAUGAUAGCAAAUUGGAUGAAGAAAAAAAUCUAAGUAAUAUUAGUAAUACAAGUACAGAUAGUCAAAAGAAUACUCCUGAAGCUACUGAAUCAGAUCAAGAUAACGAAAGAAGUAUUACGACAAACAGAGAACAACCAGUGCAACAACCUUCAUCAAAUUAAUUUCAAAUUUAUUAAAUUUUCAUUUUAAAAAUUGGAUUUGUAGAAAAAUUGUG